AUGUCUACUUCCACUAGCAAAAAUCCUUCCACUUCCUCGUUCACUUCCCUAAAUGAAAGAGAAGCGAGCCCUGUUCUUGCCAGCUCAUCGAACACCUCGUGGGAGCUGCGUGCAGAUGACUUCACCAAGGAGUUAUCCUGUGCCCUUUGCCUCGAACUGUUUAAAGAGCCGGUCAUUCUACCUUGCGGCCAUAACUUCUGCAAACUUUGCUUGGAAACAAUCUGGGAUAAAAAGGGGAUUUUCUGCCCAGAAUGUCACAUAAACAUUCCUGACCGCACUUUCAUAGUCAACCGAGCCCUGGAGAAAAUGGCGGAGAAGAUUAAGACUUUUCAUGUGGGGUGCCAACAACAGAAAUGCCUUGAGCAUAGCGAGCCACUGACCCUUUACUGGAAACCCCAAGAGAAACUUGCAUGUUUCACCUGCCGGGAAGCUCAGAUCCCUAAAGAUCAAUGCACCCAGUUUCUUCUCAUCCCUGACGCGGUGCAGAUAUAUACGGAAAGGUUGCUCACCCUGAGAAUCCAGCUGAGGUCCAUCCUGGUUAAACUGGAGGUGCUGAAGAAUGCUCAAGAGGAGAAAAUAUCUAAUCAUAAAGAGAACAAAUUACAGCUCCAGUACCAUAUCUCCUUGGAGUUCCUAAAGCUGCACCAGUUUCUUCAUACCAAGGAGAAAAUGUUAAUUCACCAGUUAAAGGAAGAGAGUGAAAUCCUUCUGCAGGAAAUGGAGACCAAUCUAAACAAACUCCAGGACCGGUCACAAAGUGCUAAAGACACCUUGGUCUGCAUUCAGGCUCGGUUGUACCAGCAAAAUUCUGCUGGUUUCCUAAAAGGAAUAAAACCAUUUAUAGAACGGAUGGAGCACAAAACUGACAAUUCAUCCAUGGGAGAAUUAGUGACUGGGACUCUGAACCCAGGAGAAUUCAAGGGACCCAUGCAUUAUGCUAUGUGGAAAGAAAUGAAAUCCAUCCUUAAUCCAGACAUCACCUUCAUCACCUUGGAUCCUAAAACAGCCCACCCAAACUUGAUCCUCUCUGAAGGGUUGACCUGCGUCCAGCAUAACGACACCAAGCAGAUUCUUCCAGAUAUCCCGGAGAGGUUUGACUGCAGCGUUUCUGUCUUAGGUUCUGAAGGAUUUACCACUGGGAAGCACUACUGGGAAGUGGAGGUGAAGAAGAAGACCAAGUGGACCUUGGGAGUUGUCCGAGAAAGCAUCAACCGGAAAGGGAAUUACCCAUUGUCACCCAAGGAGGGCCACUGGCUGAUCAAGCUAAGGAAUAAGAAUGAGUUAAAGGCUGUAGACGUUCAUCCCAAAUGUCUAACAUUGACCAGCAACCCGUGCAGAGUGGGGAUCUAUUUGGAUUACGAGGGGGGCCAAGUGUCCUUUUAUGAGGCCAAUGCCAUGUCUCACAUCUACACUUUCAUAGACACUUUCACCGAGAAAAUUUACCCCUACUUCUGCCCAUGUCUGAAUGACUCUGGAGAAAACAAGGAACCUCUGAGGAUCAUUGCUUUUAGUAUGUAG